AUGUCCACCGUUUCCACCGCGUUGCCCGGUAUAUGGCGGUCAUGUCGAAUUUCAGCACGACAAACGGCUAGGACUUUUGCGACAACUACUGAGCUUCCACGACCUCCGCCUAAAGAUAGCCCGCCAACCGAAACCUUUUCUUCGCCAUCCAAACCACGACCGUACCAACGCCCUCAGCGGGAUCUACCUCCACUCCAAAGAAAAUGGCCCAUCGUACUUGUUUUCGGAAGUGUGGGUGUAGGCGCAUGGGUCGCGUUUCUUACCUGGAGUCAUAACCAAGAGAGGUUGUCCAGUUCGGUCGUACGCCAAAUCAUGGAGACGGUACGCGAAAGUCCGGAGCUGUCCGAAGUCCUAGGAGAAGCUAUUCGUCCUGAGCCAGUUUGGUGGUUGAACGGAGAUCCUUGGAUAAAUGGUGCGAUACACUUGAUGCAGGGUAAUAUUGACCUUAGCUUCCGAGUGAAAGGACACAAGCGUGCCGGUACAUUAUAUUUUACAAGCAUUAGAAAAGCUAAAGGGGAGCUCUUCACUAUCCUCCGCUUCAAAGUAAUAGGAGAUGAUGGAACAAUUGUAAAUGUUCCAGCCAAGUCUUUGUAG